AUGACGCUGGAGGAUUUUUUUACACUGACUGAGAUGAAAGAUGGGCUUACAGUCCCUUCACGAGUUGAGGAGCUAGUAACUGUAAUGAAGGAGGAGAAAGAAUGUGUUGUUAAAAAUGUCAGCGAUGUGACCAGGCAGUGGACUUCUGUUGCAAGCACAAUUGCGGCCACCGAGAAUAAAGAUUGUCUUGAUCUUUUUAUUCAACUAGACGGACUCUUGUUUCUUGACAGAUGGCUGAAGGAUGCUCAGGAAUUUGGUAAUGACUCGAGUGAUAGUUUUGUGGAAGAAUCAAUUAAUGCACUCUUACGAGCUCUUGAAAAGUUGCAUAGAAAUAGGGAGAUGUCUGUUUCUUCAGAGAUCUGGACUCUGGUCAAGAAUCUUCUUGGCCACAAUAGCUCACGAGUUCAGGAAAGUGCUAGGUUGCUCUUUGAAAGCUGGAAACAAGGUAGAGUUACUGAUCACGUUGACUGUAGUGGACGUGAGUAUGAGAUUUUGGGUACUGCUACUGUUACUGGAGAAAAUAAUGGGCGACAAUGUUCUGCCAAAGAUGGUUCUGUUUCAAGAGGAAGCUCCCAUGAGGAAAAUGAUGGAGCAGAUGCAGCAAAAAGUGAAAACCUUCCUUCAAGCCAAGAUUGUGUUCAACCAGAAAGCACCAAAGAUUUACCCACUGAAACUACUAAUGAUGAGCUCCAGCCCCACAUAAAUUCAGACCAUUCGGACAUGGAAACAGAUCUCCUUCAAGAGAAUUCGCCCAAAAAGGAAGAGCUUCCUGCAAAACCUGUGGAAGAGACUGCAUCCCAUGAGGCCUGCAGUUUACCAGAUUCAAAGCAAGAAGAUAUUGAAGUUUUGGAUGCUCAGAAGUUGAAUGGAUUAUCAAAUGAUGAAAAAUUGUUUGAUGUGACAGCUUCAAACUCUAGUACUGUGGAGCAUGCUGGCGUUGGAAGUGCUCUGGAGAUUACAACAGAACCCAAUUCCCAAAAUGAUUCUGAGGCCAAUAGGAUUUAUGUCCUAAAAUCUGUCAAUCUUGCUGAUGAGAAGACACAUGGAUCUGAGCCAAAGAAAGCAGUGGGUGAUCUGGAAGUAAUGAAUCAUUCCGAAAAUAGUUCACAGCUAUUCAAGAUUGCAGGCAAAGACAUUGAGUCUCAUUUGAGCAUGUUGCGGAGCUCCUCCGAGUAUCAGCUCAUGUAUAAGAAGCCUGGGAAUCUGGAGAGUAGGUUUUCCAGGAAGUCGGAUAUUGGAAUAGCAAAUGAAGAUAAGGAGAAUAUUGGAUUUGAGAAUUUGAGGGGUGGUUCUAGGUUUACCGGUACUCCAGUUGUGAUCAAUUCAACAUCUGACAUUGAGCUCGAGUAUGGUAUAGUUGAUGCUCUAGAAGUUGCCCGUAUAGUUGCUCAAGAAGUGGAACGAGAAGUCGUAGAUGACAGAGAGCUUUCCAGCAGCUCUUCAGAGAAGAUUUCGGAAGGUGGUAUUAGGGAACCUAAUGCCCUAGGAUCCAUAAAUGGAAAGCAAGAUCUACCCAGCAAGGCCUUGCCAAAGGAGGUGUCGACUGGACCCACUCAGUCUGCUGGAGUGCAAACUGAGGGGGGUGAGCUUAUUAAUUCAGAUGAUGCAGACAAUGAACCAAAAAAUAAGUUGCAUGACAUGGAGUCAUCUCAGGUGACUGUAGCUCAAGAUCCUGAGCCUAACACAGAGAAAGGUCUUUAUGAUUUUGAUCUGAACCAAGAAGUAUGUUCUGAUGAUAUGGAACGUGCUGCGACUUCCAUCUCCACCCCCGUUUCGGUGGUUUCUGCUUCAAGGGCGGCUGCAGUGCGUUGCUUACCCGCGGCUCCUCUACAAUUUGAGGGGGCUCUUAGAUGGAAAGGAUCUGCUGCUACAAGUGCUUUUCGCCCAGCAUCACCUCGCCGAAACUGUGAUGGUGAUAAGACUCUAUCCCUUGGUGGAACAAGCAAUAGCGCAAAACAGAGACUGGAUUGCCUUGAUUUUGAUCUUAAUGUUGCUGGAGCCCUUAAUGAACAAGGUGCUGAACUAAUGUCCGGAAAACAGGUUGCAGUCUCACCAGGCCUCCAUUCUGCUGAACCUUCAGAAGAAAACCAUAGAAAAUCCGAGCGAUUUGAGCUGGAUUUAAAUUGUAUCAGCGAUGAUGGUGAUGCUCCAGCAUUAGAUUCAAGAGUGGAGCAACAACUUUUUUAUGACAGGAAUGGCCAUUGUAGCCAAUCACCUGUUUCUUCAUCAUCACCAAUGCAGUCUUCUCUGAGGAAUUUCGAUUUGAAUGACAGACCAUAUAGUCAAAAUAAUGCUUUAGAACUAGGGCCAUAUCCUGGUAGAUCUUCUCGAAAUGCUCUUGCCCAUGGAGGGCCUAAACCAAAUGAUCCUGUCAUUUCUAUAAUGGGUGCUAGAGUGGAAGUCAAUAGGAAUGACUUUCUUUCUCAGAUCGUAUCCUUUCCAAAUGGCAAGGCUCUUGAGCCUGCAACUGAUGGAAGUAUCUCAAGGACUGCAGGGUUUAUGGGGUUGGUUCCCACUGCGUCAUAUACACACUCGCCUGCUUUUAGUGCUAAUGGACUGCCUUUGGCGCCAAAGAUGCCCUUCUCUUCUGCCAUUUAUGGGGCUAGUGGUUCAAUACCUUAUAUCGUUGAUUCAGGUGCACCUGUUGUGCCUCAACUUAUGGGCUCUGCACCAGCUGUUCCAAUAGCUUACUCUCAAGCACAGUUCAUAAUGGGCAUGAGCAAUGCGAGUGCUGGUUUAAAUGGUUCAGGCCCCUCACGGCCUAAUUUCGAUCUGAAUUUUGGAUUAGCAAUUGAGGGAGGAAAUACAGAGUCCAUGGGCUUAAGGCACCCUUUCAUGCCUGCUCAAGGUAGGUCAAUAGAAGAACAUUUUAGGGCAAACACACAAGCCUCCUCUAGUUCUGGGGUUGCCAUGAAAAGGAAGGAACCUGAGGGUGGAUGGGAUCCAUACACAUUUAACUACAGACAGCAGCAAUUCCCAUGGAAACAGUAA